AUGGCUGACAUGACAACAUUGAUAGUUAUCAGUUCCUUUAUCAUGUUCCCAGCUGUGAUGAUGGCGCAGGAAGUUGUAAACCAUGGAGGUAAUGACUAAUGACAUCAGGACCAAAAUUUUAUUGCGCACCUAUUUGUAGGCAUUAUGUUUAAGCACCCUGUUGCUGUUUCAUAUACAGAAAGCUGUCAAAAAAUCAUUCUGAAGUAAAAAAAAAAAUGAAAUAGUGAUUUUUACACAUAAAAAAAUGUGCGAUCAAGACUUCAAAACGAGCCAAACGCCUUCGUUCAAGACUGAUCCUCUGUUUUACUUUCUUAAGAGAUUUUAAAUGAAUUUGUAUCCUAGAAAAUCGUGCUAUUAUUAUUAUUAUUAUUAUUAUUAUUAUUAUUAUCGUCAUCUUCAUUUUUCUAUUGUUAUCAAAUUAUAAUUAUUCCUUUUCCAAUACUACCGUGGCGAAGAUUUAUAAUGGGGAGCUUAUAAAGCAACAACGACGGCGACGAUUACAAAAACGUCAAUAGGGAUAUCUGUAUUGUACUCUGGUUAUUGACCUGAUUGGUUAAUUAAGUCUCGAUGUGAUUGUUCUUGAGUUAAGCCGUGUUGUUAUUGGUUAUGAAGACUCGGGUCGUUUCGAUCGGUCUUUUGUCACAGUUUAACAGUGACGAUCCACCGACAGGAAAUGGUGAUGUCAACAAUCACACUUCUUAUUGCUGAACACCAUUUACAGACGAAACAUAAAAUCGACCGGGACUCUGCAACACGUAUUACGCAUUCUACAGACUACCAUAACUAGCACUCAUUUUAGAAAGCUGGCUUACUAAAUUAGACCAAAAGCCACUGGAAUGGCAGUCAACGGGCACGGUACAAACCACUUAUGGCGGACUCAAGCAAAACUGACAAAAACAGAAGUGACUUUAUAGGCAAGAGACAAUUUGACUAACAAUAAACGACUAUAACAACAAACGACUUUGACUAUGAAGAUAUGAAGAUGACUACCCGACACAGUCCUAUUCAGGACUACACCCUGACGAUCAUGCUCCACCUACUUAUGCAUUUAUAUUUGCUGUUCAUUUAUUGUUUUGCUGUUUCGUAGUUUGUCCCGUUCCGAUGAAUAAAGAAGAAGAGGAGAUAAUUAAAGAGCAGGAAAGGGACAGAGAAGAAAUGGAAGAGAUCAUGAGAGAGAUUGAAAUCAGUUGUUUAGGUGAGUGAUAAAAAAAUAAUAAUAAUAGAAACCAUGGGAUGAAUAACUAAGUACAAGUAAAAAUAAGUUAAGGAGGGUUGGGGUCGUUUUAGUUAUACAAAGAACAAUGUAAAUUAUGCAUUUCUGAACCCGUUCUCUUCAUUGGAAGCGUUGUCGUUCGUGGGACGAAAAAAAUCCCACGCGGAUACCCGGGGGGAGUGGGGGGUGUACUCCGGAUUUCAAGGGACAGAUCCUUAGAGCUUUUGUUCCAACGCCUACUCUCCAUUGUAUAUACAACGCUCCUCAUUCAAUCUCAAUUCGAUUAUAGUGAUAUUGUCUGGGGUAAUUGUGGAAAAACUUUGUUUGACAGGCUACAGAAGCUUCAGAACCGUGCUACUCGUGUUCUAACCUGUUCUAGAUAUGAUGCUUAUGCCAACCGCUUAUUUAGACAACUUAAUUGGAAAGACUUGAGCACUCAGUUUCAAAUACAAAAAGCCCUAAUGGCUCACAAGUCUUUAAAUGAUCUUGUUCCAGGAUAUUUAUCUUCUAAAUUAUUAAACGAUGUGAAACGCGCUACUCCCUAAGGGACUCUGUUAACAAACUGAGUGGGAACUAACUUCAUGAAGUUAGGAGAAGUGAUAUGAGAGGGCUAAAUUAUUAACAAUACCAAUUAGCUGCACUGAAGCACACCUACCAUCUCUGCGUUAUGGCCAGUACCUUAUGCAUGCGCACAACCAUAUCACCCGAGCAGUGGCAACCAUGGAUAGCUGGUUUGCUCUUAUUGGGGCUCAUUAGCUUGGCAUAAAUGCUGGGUCAACUAGCGGGGGAUAGCCAGUAUAUUAAAGACCUUUCACUGCCAGGAGAGUGCAAGCACUGAUUUAAUCGUCAGCUCCACCGUAAACAAGUGGUAGCUGUUGGUUGGGAACUGAAAAACAGAAAAAUUGACCUUUGUGCCCAAAUAAAUUUGAAACAAUACCAAUUAACUGCAUUGAAGCACACGUAUCAACUCCGCGGUAUGGGCAGUACUUUACGCAUGCGCACAACCAUGAGCCCCAAUAAGGGCGAGGCAGCUGUCCAUGGCUGCCACUGCCGGGGUGAUAUGGUUGUGCGCAUGCGUAAGGUGCUGACCAUAACGCGGAGUUGGUACGUGUGCUUCAAUGCAGUUAAUUGGUAUUGUUUCUAAAUCUUUAAGUCAAUUUAAAAGAUUGGCUCGUCUGAAUUUCUGUUUUUUUAAGUACUGUGUACACAGCAUUCAUGAAAAACAGGUCUUAGUUAGGUUAGUUAUAUAAAAUUUUUGCAUAUUGUUUAGGGUAGUUAGGUUUAUUUAAGUUUUUUUAUACUCCUGAUUAAUUUUACCGGGUUUAAAUAAAGAAUUAUUCUUUACUAUUCCUAUCAGUUGAAAUCCGGAGUACCCCCCCCCCCACCCCCCUGGCGAGGAUGCAAAACCGGAAGUCACUGGACAGUGUACAGGGGCACUCAACGGGAAAUUUUAAAACAACAACAAAACAUGAAUAAAGCUUUCUGAAGCCAUUUUCAGCAUUUUUAGAGAUGGCUACUAAAAAUAAAUCUGUUCCUCCCUCCCAGGAAGAUUGAUGGAAAAGUUCCUAGUCAGCAAGGUACACCUACAACCUACAACCUGGCUUACUGGAAGUUUCCCAGCAGACGUAUGUCCAGACAUUACUGGCCAGUUUUGGUGUGGUCAUAGGGAAAAAUUCACCCCUCAGCGGUGGGGGUGGGGAAGGGGUUUCUGAUCCAUAACACACAGUAACUAUUCUAAACAUCAAAUCCCCUCAGACUCAUUUUUUUCUUAGCAACACUUUCCUUCCAGGGACAUAUUAUUUCUUCCACAUCUCCCAGCAAAAAUUGGCCUGAAGAACAGAUAUUUUGAGGAACAGAUCCAUUGGGUGCCCCUGAGUGUAGCCUAGCAGCACUAUACGAUGCGUCCUUAGGAGUGCAAAGUUUCUUGAUUGAAGUUUUGAGACUAACCUUCCAAGUCCUUUAACAACUUAGUAAAUCACGCCGUGGUUGGUGACAUUGAACGAUAUGGUCGGCCAUUUGUUUCAAAAUUAUGACACGAUAUACGUGCGUUUUUUUGCCACGUAUACUUGCGUUCUUUCCUGCUUUGUGGGGUUUUUAUUCCCAAGUAUAUGACCAUUUUCUUACAAACGUGCAUAUAUAUGCGCACAAAAAAAGCCCAUAUAUAUGCGUUACAAACAAGCAUGUGUAUAUGGGGUCACAGAAAGUCGUCGAAUAAGAGGCGCCGAAUGUAAAAAAAGGCUCCUUCAGAUACGAUGGAGCUGAAAAGUAACGUCAGUUUUCAUCAAGCAUGGCCGCAAUGGCCGCGUUAAUUUCAAGCAAGGUUUGGUUCUUAUUCAUUGCCCUCACAGUAGGGGUGGUUGUUGACUCCCUGACAACUGAUUUGUUGGAAUCCGUGGAUUGUCUCUUGAGAGACUGUGUACGCUAUUUCACGAAUGCUGACCGAAAUAACGAUUGAUUCAGUUAGAAAUGAGCGUCUGACAGGAAAAACACGACUCAUAAGUUCGUGUGAUAAUGUGAAACAUGACCUUGAGAGUCUGCUUGAACAGAUCGGUUUUUCUUCUUUUCUCUCUCUCGCGCGAAUUAUCACCUUUUCUCCUCCACGAACACGUUCUAAGCCUCCUAGUCUCGAAGCUUUUUAUUCUUUCCCUCCAUUCACUCUAUAAAUUCCAUGUUUCUUGUUUUGUAUUCUCACACUUUAAUAGCCUUCCACCUGCCUCUCUUUCCUCGCUAAUCCACUUUAAUUGUGAUUUUCAUGAUUAUCUAACUCGUUCUCGUUCAACUUGUAUAAAAUGUCCCUUAGGUAUUAAUUUGCUAUUAGUUGUCAAGCCCCGAUUAUUUGGCCAAGGAUAUCCCACUGAUAUCCCCUUGACUGUCCGUAACAGCCUCACCAUCACUGACAUUAAAAAUAAACUUAAACUUUACUUUUUAAUAUCAAUUUGCUAUUAGUUCUCAAGCCCAGAUUAUUUGGAAGGAUAUUUUAUUCAUAACUUCAGUUUGGCGCUUUUUUGCAGCCAAUGGCAAAUCAGUAUUUUCGAUUAUAGCCAUUAGUAUUUAAACAGCUAGUCUCGCUCUCUGCUCCAAAGACUUUACCAUAGUAGCAACCGACGAGGAACUGCAUUUUUGCAGAAUUCAUAACAUUCGCAUAGACACAGCAGUAAAUUCCUACGAAGGAACAACCAGACAUAGCGCUUUUGUUUAAGACUCACUUCCGAUCUCAAAAAAAAUUAAAUGGACUGCAUCAGGCUAUCAGCGGUUAGAGAAUGAUCUUGACUCACGCAGAGCAUAAUUCUCCAUACUUGGCCGGUAGCUUUAGUUUAAGCUACCGUGUACAACUCACUAUCCGUGAAAAUUCAAAAUCGUUGAAACAACAUUUAUGAGCUGGGCCCAGCGUCAUAUUGACAUAGCAGCCCGGGAGGGGCAUUUUUCACGAUUUCAUAUACCUUCUAUUGACAAAUGGUACUCCUUUCACUAUUUGCAUAGAACUUUAUAUCCCUUUUAACUGCUGGAAACCCGCACUGUCAUAAAUAGGAAUCAGUCGCAAAUAUAGAACGCUUUCUCAACGGGUAAGGGGAUGGACCUCGGGGCGGAGCCUCCCGGUCGUACAAAUAUUUGUUGAGUACCUCUCCGGGAUUUCGGGCGGAGCCUUCCCUUAUAGGCCAUCAUAGGGAGUUCCCUCCCCCAGGGUAUAGCAGGAAAUAAUCACAUUCCCGGACAAAGAAAGUUACAUGCAUGCAUGUAGUUAUUCCGCAGAUCCAGGAUUUACGGAGAAAACCAUAGAAACUAAAAUCUUUAUUUAGCCGUAAUACUAAAUUAAAGUUUUAGGCUUAAACAGAGGUCAAAGAAAAUUAAAACACUUUACAACAGCAUCUGAGGUCAACUCCUAUCAAGAACACCUAAAGAACCAUAAACCACAGGAAAUGAUUACUCAUGAUCAGUAUGCAUGUAAUUCUCUGUAGUGCUAGUAACUUUAACUUUAAUUUUAUUAUUUCAUCGUUCAUAUAGUACAAACUCAGUAACGCCAAAGCCGGGGGCUUAUACGACCUGUGGUCAAAAUGACAGAAAUUGUUUUACGUAGAAAUGAAGACUGAAGGCUAAAGGUGGGGGGCAAGUGUGGUGCAGUGGUGAGAGCACUCGCCUCCCACCAAUGUGGCCCGGGUUCAAAUCCUGGCGUCGACGCCAUAUGUGGGUUGAGUUUGUUGUUGGUUCUCUCCUUUGCUCCGAGAGGGUUUUCUCCGGGUACUCCGGUUUUCCCCUCCGCCUCAAAAACCAACAUUUCCAAAUUCCAAUUCGACCAGGAAUCAGGUAGACGAAGAACCACUAGGUGGAUGUGGUACCUCCAAAUCGUUAAAAAAAAAAAAUACAAAACUUAAAUUAAGUAAUGCAAGCAGUCCUAUAGCAGAGAUAAAACUAGAAGUACUAGUGACAAAUAAACUAACAAUAAACUAUGAUAAACUAUGAUAAUCCUGCGCAAAUUCAAUUCAGGCUUAAAAAGUAAAGUUUUAGUUUAUUUAUGUAAAGUCAGUGAUGGUAAGGCUGUUACGGAUAGUCAAGGGGAUAUCCGUAGGAUAUCCUUGGCCAAAUAAUCGGGGCUUAAAAACUAAUAGCAAAUUGAUACCUAAGGAACAUUUUAUGCAAGUUGGUGGAGGAGCAAGGAAAGAGAGGCAGGUAGAAGGCUAUUAAAGUGUGAGAAUACGAAAAAAGAAACAUGGAAUUUAUAGAGUGAAUGGAGGGAAAGAAUAAAAAGCUUCGAGACUAAGAGGCUUAGAACGUGUUCGUGGAGGAAAAAAGGUGAUAUUUCGCGCGAGAGAGAGAAAAGAAGAAAAGCCGAUCUGUUCAAGCAGACUCUCAAGGUCAUGUUUCACAUUAUCACAGGAGCUUAUGAGUCAUGUUUUUCCUGUCAGACGCUCAUUUCUAACUGAAUCAAUCGUUGUUUCGGUCAGCAUUUGUGAAAUAGCGUACACAGUCUCUCAAGAGACAUUCCACGGAUUCCAACAAAUCAGUUGUAGGGGAGUCAACAACCACCACUACUGUGAGGGCAAUGAACACUGGGAACCAAACCUUGCUCUAAAUAUAGCGCAGCCAUUGCGGCCAUGCUUGAUGCAAACUGAAAUUACUUUUCAGCUCCAUCGUACAUGAAGGAGUUUUUUGCUGACGGUAUAAUUCGCUGUCUCUUAUACGACGACUUUCUGUGACCCCAUAUACACAUGCUUGUUUUGUAACGCAUAUAUAUGGGCUUUUUUUGUGCGCAUAUAUAUGCACGUUUGUAAGAAAAUGGUCAUAUACUUGGGAAUAAAAACCCCACAAAGCAGGAAAGAACGCAAGUAUACGUGGCAAAAAAAUGCACGUAUAUCGUGUAGCAGGAAUGAUUGCAAGUAUACGUGGGAAAAAACCGCACGUAUAUCGUGUCAUAAUUUUGAAACAAAUGGCCGACCAUAGAACGAGGUAUUCAUAGAUUAUAAUCAUUUGAACUGAAUUGAACUGUUGCAAAAAAAUAAUUUAAACAACUCUUGAUCGGCUGAAAGUGAAAACUGACUUUGCAGGUGGAUUACUUUACGUCAAAUAAAUUCUUAUACCUAACUUCCAUUUGUCGAUUUGCAGAUGAGUGUACAACAGGACAGCAUAACUGCCACGUUGAUGCAUACUGCACCAACACCAAGCGUUCCUUCACUUGUACUUGUAAGCCAGGAUAUACUGGGGAUGGUGUUAACUGUGCAGGUAGCAAACCAUACGGAGCUUAAACUAACAGGAUUUCAUCUUUAGUUUUAUGCUAUUUCAUACCAUAAAGAUUAGAGCCAAUCAGAAAACUGGAGGCCGGUUUCAUAUUUAGUCAGUGGUAUGUAGGUAGUUUCUUCGUGUUGUGGACGAGUGCAAUCACAAAAUGACGAGUAAUACAAAAGAUUAAAAGGACACUGUACAAUAUCUACACCACAUAACAAUAGCUAAGAAACACCCCACAGGUCGUAUCCAUGAAAAAUGUCUGGUGUUAGUUGCAGCCUUCAGAUUCCCCGUAGCCUGCGAACAGGCUGACAUGUGCGAUUUCGAGGGAAAUUUGGCUUGCACAUUUCCUAGACAUAUUAAAUUCUACAAGCAGAAUACUGCAAUGCUAAUCGUACUACGUGAAAGUUGACUCUGCAAGACAUCAACACGACACCGAAAGAACUCAAAACAGAGCGGGAUUGUAGCCAUAGACAGCUGUGCAUGUUUCGCCCUUCUUGGGGCUUGUCAGUAUGGCGCAGCAAACAAAGAAAGCUCUGAUGAAAAAUAUCCGCCACUCUGAUUUUAAGGUGUUUCGAUACAGUUUUUCAGAGGCCAUACCGAUAUUUUUCAAUCGCCUUAAAAGUGGUUUUUUCCUUGUCCGAUCGCUAUAACAUUUUCACCAGUGAUUGGCUACGGAUUGAAAUUUUUGAAAAUGUAGUUUUAAGUAAAAUCUAUAUUACUAUGACAACAAUAAACAAAAAACUUUGAAAUUGAUAACAGCCGAAUUUUGUUUGAUCUAGACCUGCUACUGAAAAUCCAACACUAGGAACUUAAAGUUUGGUGUUUAGCAAACAAUCUCCGUAAGAAGUAAAAAGUUCUGUAUGUUUGAAUUCGACUAAAACGAAAAUAUAUUUCAAACCUUAAAUUUUCAAUAGCCGUGAUAGAUUAUUUAAUAAAAACGUUAUAAAUGACUCAAAUUAUUCUUAAGUAGCGUCAGAAUGCUGGUUAAUAUCAUAUUUCGAUGCUAGGAAAUUUUGGUGUACUUUCGUUCUCGCGAUCUUGAAAACUAACCCGUUUUCUCACCACCUGUAUAAGGGCAACUUCAUUCAUAAUUUGGACUUUUAGCGGUUUCUUGUAUUUCUCUGAAACGACUCGAACGAAUUUUUUUAAAAUCUCUUCACAUAAUCUUCAUAAUGUAUAUAAAAAUGUCUGAAACUUUGAUUAAGAUUGAUUCCCUGCAACACCCUGAAAUUUAAAGACAAACCUACCCUACGAACCGGUCAAAAAUCUGCGUUACAACAUUCACUGUUUUGACGUUAUGCUAAUUUUUCCAAAAUAAAGCGCACUAUACAUACCUGCAUGACUAGUACAUUUUAGUUUGAAUUUAUCGCAUCUUUUGAAUAAAACAUUGACAAUACUCACACUGAAAUGUACUAGUCAUGGAUAUAUGUAUUGUCCGUAUUAAUUUGGAAAAAUUAGCAUAACGUCAAAACAGUGAAUGAGUGUAGCGCGGAUUUUUGACCGGUUCGUAGGAUAGGUUUGUCUUGAAAUUUCAAGGUGUUGCAGUGAAUCAAUCUUAAUGAAAGUUUCAGCUGGACAUUAUUAUAUACAUUAUGAAGAUUAAGUGAAGAGAUUUUAACAAAAUUCGUUCGAGUCGUCUCAGAGCUGUACAAAAAAGCGCUAAAAGUCUAAAUUUUAAAUGAAGUUGCACUUAGACAGGUGGUGAGAAAACGGGUUAGUUUUUAAGAUCGCAACAACGAAAAUACACCAAAAUUUCCUAGCAUCGAAAUAUGAUAUUAACCAGCAUUCUGACGUUACUUAAAAAUAAUUUGAGUCAUUUAUAACGUUUUUUUAAAAAAUAAUCUAUCACGGCUGUUGAAAAUUUAAGGUUUGAAAUAUAUUUUCGUCUUAGUCUAAUUCAAACAUACAGAAUUUUUUACUUCUUACGGAGGUUAUUCACUAAACACCAAACUUUAAGUUCCUAGUGUUGGAUUUUCAGUACGUAGCAGGUCUAGAUCGCACAAAAUUGGGCGUUUAUCAAUUUCAAAGUUUUUUGUUUAUUGUUGUCAUAGUAAUAUCGAUUUUAAUAAAACCUACAUUUUGACAAAUUUCAAUCUAUGGUCAAUCAUUGGUAAAAAUUUUAGAGCGAUCAGACAAGGAGAAAAUCACUUUUAAAGCGAUUGAAAAAUACCAGUAUGGCCUCUGAAAAACUGUAUCGAAACACCUUAAGCCCUGACCUACAACCCUCAACACUAGACUUGCUACAAGUCGACCUCUUGGCGAGCGGAGCGAGCCUUGUUUGACCGCUUCGCGGCCGACCGCGGGCGACGAAGUCGCGAGAGGUCGACUUGUCUCGCUUAAUAGGUUUUCACUAGACUUUCCAAAACUCCUUCGUCGGAUUUCAUAUGACGCGGCACGAAGGACUUUCCAUACUUGAUUAGCGCCAAUUUUACCGACCCAAAAACGGGUCGGUGCGCUUGGACCAAUCAGAGUAGCUCCCAAGGGCCCUUGGGGAUAAAGCUGUCACUCACAAGUACUAAGCGCAUUGAAACGUGACUUGAGGUCGAUUGCGAAGUGGAAGGUGUUCCAAACACGACUCAUAAGCUCCUGAUAGUGUGAUACGUGACCUUAUAGUUUUGCUCUAACGAGGAUAUCUCCCAGCGAUUUUGCUCUUUUAUAUGAAAUGAUGGGAGGCUCGUUGUAUAUUUCUCUCAGUAGUGGUUGAUCUUGAAUUAAGUGUCAUUUGUUCAUUAAAAUGUUUUUAAGGUUCUGCAAAGUAGGGUGGUAUGUGGUAACGAAAGGCAGAAUUUUCUUUCGCACUUCAUUGUUCUUUUGCCAUGAAGCUGACUUCCGUUCGGUAAAUUUAACCUCAGAGGUGAUUUUUUCUAUGAGAUUGUGAGGGUAACCUCUAGCACGAAGGCGUUUUUUGAAGGUGUGAGAUGUUUUCAUAGAAGGAUUUAGCUGAGGAGUUAGUUCUCAGGAAUCUAAUGGCUUCGCCCUUUAUGAGACCUUUUCUGACCCCGUGAGGGUUACAGGAAGAGAAAUGGGUGUAUUAAAAAGUCUCUGUAGGUUUAAAAAUGUGUACGGAUGUCAAGGAUUCCUUGGUUGUGAAAUAUCCUUUCCCAGUAUUGACUCGAGAUUGAAACAAGUUUUAGUUUUUUUCUAGCCUGCGAAAACAUCCGUUUCUCCUCGCUCUUCACCGAGGAGAAACGGAUGUUUUCGCAGGCUAGUUUUUUUCCGGCCCCCUGAGCUCGUCAACGUUCGCCUAAAAUCAUUGUUAGAGACAACUUUGGCACAAAGAAAACAAAUUUGCUCCUUUGAUGAUGGAGAUACACACACACGUUAAAUAGAUUUAGUCGGAGUGGAAUCAGCACAUUCCGCCAUUGAAGUCAAGGACUCGCAAAUGAAACCUGAAAUCCCAAAUGCGAGUCACGCCACUCCCCAUUUUUGGCGCGAAAUGCAAUAUGAAAUCCGACGAAGGACUUUUGGAAGGUCUACCUCAACACCCACAGAAUCACGCCAUACCACGGGGGGCAAGUUGAUGUCUCGCAGAGAAAAUAAAGAAUUGGCCAAAACCAACCUAAAAAACAUGGGCAGAACGAUGCAAGAAUUACAGCAUAUCAGAUCUAUAGCCUUAUUAUUCUCGCCGGCUUUGUCCGCUCGAGCCGCCAAAAUUUUUCCUUUUCGCGGGCUAAAUUCCCCCCAGCGAAAGCUUUCCAAGUGUGCAACAAGUAUUAGGCCUUAUCACGGUUUUCGACGCCAUCUUGACGAGUAGGCAAACGGGUGAGAAAUUACAGAGAUUGUAUGAGAAUCUAAUGUCGAAUAAUUUCUGUAGAACGGCUGUUCUGAAAAAAAAUAUGAUUUGUAAACAAAAGCUUCACUCCGAAGGAUUCUCCUGAAAACAUUUGAGGGCGUUACAUGCACUAGAAGACCUAGAACCACUUUUUAAAAUUUUCUUUACAUUUGUCUGUAAGAAAGUCCCGGGAAAAUUACAGACAAAUAUAUGGAAAAUCUAAAGCAAGCCUCUGGAGAAAUUUAAGCACAGGUACGCCCCAAAUUUUUUCAGAACAAUCCUUUGCUUUGUAACUUUAGUUUACAAUUGAUAUUUUUUUCAGAACAGCCGUUUUACGGAAAUUAUUCCACAUUAGAUUCUCAUACAAACACUGAGAUUUCUCACGUAUUUUUUAGUUAUUUGGCAUUCAAUCUAACUUCCUUUUUUGUUUUGUCCACUACAAAAAUUUAUCAUUCUAUAAAAAUAUGAUAUAUAUCUAUCCUCAUUUGAUAGAAUCGACACAAAAAUCGAACCCGAUUGAUGAUUCAGCAUUAACUCUUGAUUUGCAGACAUAAACGAGUGUGAAACUGGAAAAAACCAAUGUGACCCCGAUACUUCAGUGUGCGAUAACACUAAAGGAUCUUACAAGUGUGUCUGCAUGUCGGGUUUUUCCAAAAGUGGACAUGAAGAUAAAUGUACAGGUAAAUAUACCACCGAGCACUUCAAGAUAUGCUAAUUGAAAUGGAUACUUUAAAAAUGUCUUCUUCUUUUGUCGAAUUUAAGUGGGGUGAAUCGGGUUGAAAUGAUAAAAGCAUCGUCAAAAUAACCUAUACGGCAUAUUAUGAUGCUUAACAGAUCUACAGUUUGAUAAUUCAACAUUAAUUCUUAAUUUUCAGACAUAAACGAGUGUGAGACAGGAAAACACAACUGUAACGCCACCAGUUCAUUGUGCCGAAACACUAAAGGAUCAUUUAGGUGUGAUUGCACGGAAGGGUAUUUCAAAAGUGUACCUGAACAUAAUUGUACAGGUAAAUAUACUACCGAGCACUUCAAGAUAUCUUAAUUGAAAUGGGUACGUAAAUAUAUCUUCUUCUUUUCAAUUUUCCUUUUCGCGGGCUAAAUUCCUCCAGCGAAAGCUUUCUAAGUGUGCAACAUGUAAAUUGGUUUAUCAUUUAUAUCUUUUAGUUAUUUGGCAUUCAAUCUAACUUCCUUUUUUGUUUUGUCCACUACAAAAAUUUAUCAUUCAAUAUAAAUAUGAUAUAUAUCUAUCCUCAUUGGAUAGAAUCGACACAAAAAUCGAACCCGAUUGAUAAUUCAGCAUUAACUCUUGAUUUGCAGACAUAAACGAGUGUGAAACUGGAAACAACCAAUGUGACCCCAAUACUACACUGUGCGUUAACACUAAAGGAUCUUACAAGUGUGUCUGCAUGCCGGGUUUUUCCGAAAGUGGACAUGAACAUAAAUGUACAGGUAAAUAUACCACCGAGCACUUCAAGAUAUCAAUUGAAAUGGAUACUUUAAAAAAUGUCUUCCUCUUUUGUCGAAUUUAAGUGGAGUGAAUCAGGUUGAAAUGAUAAAAUGAUCGUAAAAAUAGGAACCUUUACGGCAUAUUAUGAUGCUUAACAGAUCUACAGUUUGAUAAUUCAGUAUUAAUUCUUAAUUUUCAGACAUAAACGAGUGUGAGACAGGAAAACACAACUGUAACGCCACCAGUUCAUUGUGCAAUAACACUAAAGGAUCAUUUAGGUGUGCUUGCAGGGAAGGGUAUUCCGAAAGUGUAGCUGAACAUAAUUGUACAGGU